AUGCCGGGAACACCCAAGAAACGCGGGCGGCCCCGAAAAUACGGCACGCCGAAGGACAAGGCUAAGCAUGAUGUCGUGGCCAAGCGCGCUCGAAGACGGCUUCGGAAGCAAACAACGCACGACAGCAUCAGAUUUCAAAUCUACGUUUCUUCACAGACAGAAGCAUCGCCGGUUACACCCUCACAGGGCAUCGAGUCGUAUGAAACAGGUAUUCCGGGUGAUCCCCCAGAGGCAGAUAGCUCGUUAAAUCGCGCCGAGUCACCCACUUUGUCAAUUGACGCGGUCGUAGCCAGUGGUGAACAGUCUCCACAAUCGAUAGAGGGGAACGUCUCGGCGUCACCGUGCCUACAGCUUCUUGUGAACAUGUCGGGACCGCAUGUGGCAAGAACAUCGUUCUCAACUUCACAGGAAGGCUCGGCAGAGAUUUCAUUGUCCUCAAGCCCUGACAGGAUCCCAAGUGAUCCGACGAGUCACGCUGCCGGAGACGAUGACAUAUUAACGUAUCAAGUUCCUGCGAGGAUGAAUACACAGCGAAUUCAUCGUAUGAGAAAGAUUGUGUUACCACAAGUUCAUGUAUAG